AUUCUCAAAGUGUCUAGAGAAAGCGGGUCAGGACUAAAUAUAUCCUUCAGGACAUGCAAAAACAAACUCAGUCUGUGUUUUGUAGCGCUACGUGGAGCAUGACAUUUCUUCUGAUAGCUUAACAAAUACUUUUAGGACAGAGUUACACCAAAAACAAAGUAGAAUUGGCGCACGUUUUAUAAUCCAUCUGCAUGACUGAAGUUCUCUUUGGGAUUUGAGUUUUGUUUGUGUGUACAUCCUUGUGACCUCUGAAACACAAUGGACUACAUGGAACAAAUGGAUGAAGAUCAGCUCAUUGAGAUCGCUAUUCAAAUGAGCCUCCAAGAUACCUGCAGUUUCUCCGUUUUAAAUGAACCGUUAAGCACUUUAGAAACAGCCAGUGAUGAAAACCUGAAGAUUUUAUCUGCUAUAAAUCAAAGUGAUGUGUUUGCACUAAGAAAACUGCACAAGUACAGCGAUGCCUAUAAAGAAAGAGACAGCAGAGGUUGGCUUCCGAUGCACAGAGCGUCUGUCCAGCCAGAUGCCCGUGUGCUGGAUCUCGUCCUCCUGGCAUCCUAUGAGUUGAGCAUGGAGGAGAUGACGGCCGAUGGAGACACUGCUCUGACUCUGGCUUCUCAAGCAGGACAUGUGGAGAAUGUGAAGGUUCUUCUCCAACACGGAGCAUCUCCACACAACAUGAACAGCAAGAACGAGACUCCACUUCUCCUGGCCGUGAGGUCAAACUCUUAUGAUAUGGUUCAUGCACUUAUAAUGGGAGGCGCCAUCGUGGAGCAGGUGUGUUUGAAGAAGUGGACGGCCACCCAUGAGGCCGCUAAGGUGGGAUGCGUGGACAUCCUGAUGCUGUUGCUGAAACACGGGGGGAAGGUGAUGGGACGUGAUGGGCACGGGGUCACACCGCUGGGCAUCGCUGCAGAGUAUGGCCAUCCGGAUAUACUGGCAAUCCUUAUAGAACAUGGGGGCGACGCCACUGCACAAGCUACAAAUGGAGACAGUGUGUUAUAUGAUGCUGCAGGCUCUGGGAACCUGGACUGUAUUAAUCUACUCCUACAACAUGGUGCAAGUCCUAAUAUAGCCAGUUUUUGCUCUCAACUGCCAAUUCACCGUGCAGCCUACGAAGGGCACUACCUGGCUUUGAGGACCUUCAUUCCCAUCACCACUAAGAGGGCCAUCCGUCUGUCCGGUAUGAGUCCGGUUCAUUCUGCGGCAGACGGAGGCCACGCUGACUGUCUCGAGCUGCUCAUCGAAAAAGGCUUUGACGUCAACCCAAUCUUAGACUGCCAUAUUUCUGAAAACUACGGUGACAUGAGGAAGACCCCGCUGUACUUCGCCAUCUGCAAUGGAGACGUCACCUGCACCGAGAUACUUCUGAAAGCAGGUGCAAACCCAGACCUAGACCCUCUGCGCUGCCUCCUGGUGGCGGUCAGAGCUGGGAAACACGAGUUGGUGCGGCUGCUUCUCGCCUAUGGGGCGAACGUCAACUGCGUGUUCUCUGUCAUCAGUGACACUGUAUUUCCCACGGCGCUGCAAUACUGCCUCAAAGAUGAAAUGAUGCUGCGUCUGCUCCUUAACAAUGGAUACCAUGCAGAAAGCUGCUUCAAGUGUUAUCAUCACAAGCCUGUAACGACAUACACAUGGACGGAGGUUCAUAGCCAGUCACACCAAAUCAAGAGCAAUCCGAACAAAGUGACCUUUUGCGAGUUCAUUAGCGUGUCAUGGAUGGCACACUUGGCUGGGAGGGUGGUGCAAACACUCCUGGAUUACGUGAGUCACAUGCACAUCUGCUCCAAACUGCAACACAUUCUGGAGAGACAGGAGGAGUGGCCCAACAUCUGCGACAUCCUCAGGAACCCACAGCCUUUGAAACACCAGGCCAGGUUGGUUAUCAGGAGACAUAUGACACUGAGAAGACUGAAUGACCCAGAGUUCAUGAGCACCGCUCCUUUCCCCCCGGCACUGAAGAACUUCCUGCUCUACAAAGAACAUGAUGUCUAUGGUCGAAUGGAUGAACACUAGAUAUAUAUGCAUCUAUAUGUAUUUUAUUCCAAUUUGUUUUAUUUAUUGGUUUGUUUCUAAACAAUAUCAUUGUGAUUAUAUCAUUUUUCAUACGUUAUGCACCUAAAUAUGCACCUUUGUUUUUGAUUUCGAAGUAAAAUUUGACCUGGACAUGA